UUGAUCAGUAUCAACUACACGGCCAACCUGAUGUCCUACCUAACCGUUAGUCGGCCGGAAGCUCCCAUCAGCAGCUUGGAGGAGUUUAUUGCUAACGAGGACUGGACGCUGGUAAUGGAGGAAGGCUACGGCAGUGUUGGAGAUUGGGCACGCAACAGUACGCCGGCCCGGCGCGACCUCUACCGUCUGAUCACAGAACGGAGCCGCUUCGCGCCCCUCGACGGCACGGUGGAAAACAUGCUCCGCGCCACCCAGCCGCGCACGUUGGUGCUCUAUGAUCUGAAGCUCAUUUUCCACCGUGUCGGAUCGGAGGCGUGUCGGCUCGUUCAGCUGCCGAGCGAGGAGCUGCCCGAGGAGUGGACGGUGCCGGAGUACCUGGUGCUCAGGAAGGGCCUCGGACACCUCCGGGACAGGAUGAACCACGUUCUGCAGCGUCUGCUGCAGUCCGGCGCCGUGGACCGCCUGCGGCGCCGCUGGUUCGGCCACGGCCGCCGCCUCUGCGCCGCCGUGGCCGCCGUGCGGCCGCUGACGCUGGCCGACCUGGCCGCCGUGCUGGCCGUCACGCCGCUGGCCGCCGCCGCCGGCUGCCUGCUGCUGGGCGGGGAGCUGCUGGUCAGGCGGCUCAGCAGACGGCGGGACCAGCAGCGGCGGCAGGGGACCGCGGACAGCGCCGCCAGAGGGAGGGCCGGGGCUGCAGCCGGCGCCGCCCGAGCCAGGAGAGCGCGCAGUCUGCCCUCCAUCUUCAGCUGCUGUGAGAGGCAGCUCAACACCAAAUGCUGAGGCCGAGCACAGAGCGCCGGCCCAGUGGUGACCUCAGCACCAGUGUUAGUCUUCACAAUGUGAGCGUUA